AUGCACGUCGAGGCGGUUAGUGAAGGAGAAAGGGUGGACCACGAUGGGGGAAUUGAUGAGGAGAGCGCCCAGGAUUCGGACACAAAGCAGGGGGAAGGUGUGGACCAGGAUCCUGGGACGGAUCCCCCGAACGAGGAGCACAAAGUCGACGACGUCGUUGUUUCUCCCCAAGAGCCAGAAACGCCGGUCGCUGCAGAAUCUACACCAACUCGCUCAAAACGUCGCUCGCGCUCACGGACGAGGUCGAGGGGCUCGCGGGACAUGAAGAACAGGGCAGCGGCAAAGCAGUCGCCCCAUGUCAGUUCUGCAAACCAUACAAACGACUCGUCAGCGGAUGAGUACUACACGUCAGCGCCAGGAGAAGAUCCCCCGCCCUCGCCCCCGCUCGUUUCGCCCAUCCCAUCUCAUUUUCUCCCCGCGUCCCAUCUGCUCGCAACUCCCUUCUUCUACCCUGGGACUACGCCACCAACUCCUUUGCCUACUCUCCAUGAUCUCCAGAGAGGCAUGGCCGGAAUGGGACUAUAUCGAUCGAACAGUGCUGGGGCAGCCAGAGCGAUGGCGAUGCGGAAGUUAACGGGUGGCACUGAGCCGUUCGACUUCCCGUUCAUUUCGCCAUCACCGACACCACCACCCGGCGGUGCUCGUCUGAUGCGGAACAAUACUGUCUCGGGUGGGGAGCGGACAGCAGCGAGGAUGAUGCUAUUCAACCGUCUUGGAAAUAGGAUCAGGGCAGACGGUGAUCAGACCAGCGGCGGCGAAGAGGUCCUGCCCCCUGUUCUACCCCCCAAGCGAAGGCGGCGGCGGUCAAAGCGUAACUCGUCGCGUGCGUCGACUGUGGUCGACGAUCGAGAGGAAAGGGAACCAGCUUCGACUACGCCUACGACUCCUGUCGUGCCUCCGUCACCUCUUCCCUUUUCGUCAUCGUCAGCUAGUCGAGCUGGGAAUGGUCAUGCAACGCGCGCAUCGCCUACUAUCAAAUCGAACGGAAACAUUCCUUACGAUUACGAGAAGCCGAUGGGGCAUAGAGGCGUAGUCGUCGAAGAUGAAGAUGAGGUCCCGGAGCGCGAAUUGCCGCAUCAGCUUCCUCUCCCGCACCCUCCGAGCACCCCUGCACGCGGGCUCGGGCAAACAUCAAGUUCGCGUUUACCACAUUCUUCAGAUGCCCCAUCAAGUACCUCGACCGACUCUGCACCGGGUUCGGCAGUCGGGGUCCCGGUAUUUUUGUCACGAAAGACGCAAUAUGGAAAGGAUAUUUUCCCUGCGAGUCCAUUUGCGACACCUUUGAAGGAAAAGCCUUAUCCAGAUGACGAUGAGCAGGUGCUAUAUCAGGAGAUGCGGAGCAAGUCGCGCCUUGCCUUUGAGCGUAUGAGCGAGAUUAGCUGGGUUGCUGAGCCAGUUCCUGAGCGGAUGCCUCUGAAUGAUGAUGACGAGGAUGAGGAUGAGGACGAUGAUGAUGAUGAGGGGGAGCUAGAGCCAGAUGUGGAACCUGAAGCCGAUGAGGGCGAAGGCGAGGGAAAUCAUGCUGAAAUGUCCGACCACAGGUCCAACCGUAGUAAUGACCAUGCCUCGCCUCGACCCGGUCCUCGGCAGGAUUUGGUUGUGGAUAUAGAAACCUCACCAGAGCCUACCCCCGCGCAUAUGACACCAUCCCCGAUCUCACCUAUAAUUCCCCUCACGUCUUCUGCAAGUGAUGCACUUGCUAGCUCCCAGAUAUCCUCUACAACAUAUCCGACGCGCCUUUCUGUCGCGACUCCCAGCCAACUAGAUCGUUCGCCGUCAAGCGCGGAUUUCCCCGUGUGGGACGAUCCGCGUGCUACGGUCACAGAUUCUACUAUCAAACGGACUGAAUCUACCAGCAGGUGGGAGCGCAUGAAGAGUGCUAUGGGCAUCUCGCGCAGCGCUUCUGUUAAUGGACGCCGUUCUCGUACGAAUAGCAUUCGCGACCCUCACAACACAGACUCCAGCAUCAGUCGCGAAAGCCGUGCGAGCAUAUCGAAGGAGAAGGGAGAGCAGCCAAACCAUGAUACGCAAGCUCCGUCGGCGUCAGCUUCAAUUCUGUCUUUGCCCAUUACGCCGGCAAUAGGACCCCAUUCCCCCAUUCCUCCCGCUAGCCAUAACGACUUCUCAGUCUAUGGGCUUGAUUCUAAGCUGUUCCCUUUCCCCGGUAUUAAGGAGCUUGAGGCGCAAAGGAAUCGUGCAAAUCGGAUAGCUCAGUCAGCGUCGAAUCCCGAUGUCACUUCACCUAAUGGUCUUGGUGUUGAAGCAACUCCUAGCUCUGGCUCCUCCAACUCGACAACGCGGGUCCCUGAAUCUGGUAGAGAACGGAAGCUGUCUCAUCAGGCGUCGGACAGUCGCCUGCUGCCAAAGUUUAACGUUGGCUCACCUCCAGUGUCGUCGGCACCUUCAUCAGCGUCACAUGCAGAUUACUUUAGCAUCCCACCUUCGAGCUCCCCUCCAACAAGUGCUGGUGGAGCGCCAAAGCUGCCGAUGAAUCGCGAAGCAGUAAAGAAAUGGCUCAUCGCGAAGAAGUUCUUGCCAACGCCCCCAGCAUUGACCCCGAAUCUCCCAUCGCCUCCCGCAGAUGGUCGGACCCGAAUCGGCGACAAGAAGCCAUCCUUGUCUGAGUUGCUGCUAGGCCGGAAAGAGAUCGAGCUUGGAUCGGACUGGGAAGACCUUAGCCAUGAAAAAUCCCGCACACCAGCCAGUCCCUCUAACAACACUACUCUAGGCAACAACCGCAAGGCCGAUACACGACCUACCGAGGUCCACAUGGAGACGCAAGUCAUAGCGUCCCACGAUUCUAAACCGGAGACGAUUCAGCCACUUAAAGGACUGUUGCAGCUGGAUGCGAGACAGAAUGGUGUGACUUCGCCUUCGCUCUUCUCUACUUCAUAUCCAUCGCCGCCCGACCCACCAUCGUCGACCACCCCGGAUCCGCAGUCCUCGUUGGACGAGUUCCCUACAAGAUCAACGUCAGUGUCAUAUUCGGAUAUGUCGUCGUCCCAUCAUUCGCCCGAUCCAGCGUAUCAGGAGCCUUCGCAAGGUGUGGUUGUUUUAGAGCGCCUUGAGGAGGUGCUGGGUCGCGGCUCGAAGAGCUCCCUCUGGCCCAACGUCGUCGAUGACCCGCCCCGGAAGCUCGUACUGUCUUCGCCCGUGCUGCAGGUCGCCAAUGCCAAUACUGUCAAAGACCGGUUCCUAUUCCUCUUCAACGACAUUUUAGUCAUCGCUAAGCCUAUCGUCCAAGACCACGACAAUUUACUGGAUCCUUUGAAGCCGAGUCCGCUGGACAGGAAGUUUAUUGUGAAAAGCGUUUGUCACCUCCGCGAGCUAAAAUUCAGUGGGGACCGCGACGAGUCUCGGACAAAGGCGCUUAACACGUCAGGUACGACAAGGCAUCCCGUCGUUCGCCAUUUUGUGCAAAGUUUCUCCAAGGACCCGGAUAAUGCGGUCAUUGUUCUGUUCGGCAAAGCGAAUAUCAGAGACGAUCCUGUUGCGCUCGGCCAAUUGCUUUUCCGGACCCUGGAUUUAGAUAGGGCUAGGCUGGGUGAAUACUUGGCUCGUCGGACAUCGAAGGUCGUUUUGAAAGCGUAUAUUGCUGGCUUCGGCCUCGCCGGGCUGCGGAUUGACAAAGCCCUUCGGGUGUUCCUGCAGUCGAUCAAUAUUCCAUCGAAGGCUGUAGGACAACCAUUACCGAUGGAGUAUCUACUGGAUUCCUUUGCCAGCAGGUGGUACGAAGCGAACGCGGGGAUUGUUACCUACGACAAGGACCUUGCGAUUCGAUUAGUACGCGCUAUCGCACAGCUCAACGAUGUCAUGCACGGCGGUAUUGCGCAGGAACCGGGGAUCACUGGAUAUCCGAAGCGGAAUGUUGUCUCGCGCGACUUUGUAGAAGCUUUCAGGAGAUACGAUACGAGGUGCUCUGUGACUGACGACCUCCUGGACAAGAUUUAUGCAGCCAUUCGUCGGGAAAGACUUUCUCAAGCGCGUAAUCCUGCCAACAAUGGUCGUCCAGACAUCCCGAUUACCAUCAAACGGCCCCUGCCUUCUCGCUUGACAUAUCGCCAGCAGUCUGAUCCAAUCGUUCUGCGCAUACCGCAACCUGAUCCAGAUCUCACGAUACAGCUAUUCGGCCAGGACAUAAUAUUUGAUCCUCCUACGUUAAACUUCACCAGAUCCUCGGAAGCGUCAUUCCGGGUCACUGGGACAUCGCUGGGGGCUAAGUCGAUUAUCAUGUGGCGGUCCGGGCCAAAUGGUCUGCUCUAUUCCGGAUUGCCGCUUAGCAAUGCCCUCACGGUCGAACGGGCAUUCAUGCGCAAUACUUUCCAAGUCGCUUUCUUGAACCAUGACGGCUCCAAGCGCAAAUAUAUGUUUAGUGUUGACGACCCUCUCAUUCGCCAUCAGUGGUCGGUGCAGCUCAAGCGGCAAAUCGAGAUUGCGUCCUCAAGCAUGUCUUCUGCGGAGGUGUCGGGUCCAUCGCCUGUGGUUCGGAAGGCGAACGAGGCGCUCGCUUUGAAGGUCCUCCAGGAGACCCUCAUCGACUCCGAAGGCGAUGAAUCAUCAGUUCCUCUUUCGCCGGUGGAUCAGGCUCUAGCUCGCUUAACCGGUUCAGGCUCUAUUGUCAUGGGAACCCCUCCUCGACGUCGGCCAAACGGCUCCAGCCCCCACGUACGCUCCAAAUCACGAAGUCAAAUGUACCAUCAGCAUGGCGCCGGUCAAUUCGAACCUGAUCUGUCCACCACUAGUACUGAUAUGCGUAGUGAUGAGGAACAGUCACAGCCAGAAGUGUCUGGUCGGCCUCAGCAGCAACACCUAUGGAGCGGGCGAGAUUUGGAGAUUGUCUGUCGGCAGAAUAGCUUGAUCACACCGAUGCUUGCAUACUUGCAGGUUGAUCGAAGAGACCGGGAUAUCGCCAACGGCGCGGUCUCAUAG